CGCAUGCCCACUCAGUCACGAGAGGAGGCGCUCAGUUUUGCAUUUGAUCUCCGUGCUGCAGAUUCUGAGCGGUCGACAGCGACAGGAAGGAGUUCUGGUCGUUUCCGAGAGAAAGCAAAGUGACAGCUCCUUCGCUUGACCCCCUCCCUCCCAUCAGCCACACUUUCAUCACACGGCAAUAAAAGUUCAUAGGGAUUCUGUCCUGCCUCUCUCUCUCUCUCUCUCUCUCUCUCUCACUCUUUUUCCACUUGCUCCCACUUGCACACCGUGUUUUGUUUGAGCUCGGGCUUCAUCGCUGGUACGAGCCGAAGUAUUUACAGCGUAAACAUUGGCAGUGAAAGUCUCUACUGCUGGGCCGGAAAAAGGUUUAAAGAGCAUCACAAUGGCGGACAGUUUUGACUGUGCCAACUGCAAGGAGUCCUUGUAUGGCCGCAAGUACAUCCAGUCAGACGACAGCCCCUACUGCAUCCCCUGCUACGACAGCCGCUUCUCAAACACAUGCGAUGAAUGCAAAGAGCUGAUCGCCCAUGACGCGAGGGAGCUGUUCUACGAGGACCGGCACUAUCACGAGCACUGCUUCCGCUGUUUCCGCUGUGAUCGCUCGUUGGCGGAUGAGCCCUUCACCAGCCAGGAGGAGGCGCUGCUCUGCAAUGACUGCUACUGUAACGAGUUCUCCUCCAAGUGCGUGGCCUGCGACAAAGUCGUCAUGCCAGGUACAAAGAAGUUGGAGUACGCAGGCUCUACGUGGCACGAGGGCUGCUUCGUCUGUCACAGCUGCGAACAGCCAAUUGGCUCAAAGUCUUUCAUCCCCGACAAGGAUGAACACUACUGCGUGUCCUGCUAUGAGGAUAAGUUCUCCCCGCGCUGCACACGCUGUAAAAAGACGCUGGCUAAAGGCGGUGUGACCUAUCGGGAGGAGCCGUGGCACAAGGAGUGUUUUGUGUGCACCAGCUGCAAGACACAGCUGGCGGGGCAACACUUCACCUCCCGAGAGGAGAGCCCUUACUGCCUCAAGUGCUUUGGCAACCUGUAUGCCAAGAAGUGCGAGGCCUGCAGCAAACCAAUCACAGGCUUCGGAGGAGGAAAGUACAUCUCGUUUGAGGAACGCCAGUGGCACCAGCCAUGCUUCACCUGCUCCCAGUGCUCUGCCUCACUGGUGGGCGCCGGCUUUUUCCCCGACGGCCCGGAGAGGAUCCUGUGCCGCGACUGCAACAGCAACCUAUAGAGCAGUCACUUCGCCACAUUGUCACCCAUCCCUUGACUUACCUGUCACCCUUCGUCACGGCGUUUCAAGAACCCCGAGUCAUUCCCGAGGAAGGCAACGCAGGCUAACAAAUGCCGCCCCUCAGGUUGUUUGUGUAUCGAGAGAUCCGUUCCUCGUGGUCCACGAGUUAGUGCAAUGAACCACCGCGAAGAUUUCCUCUUGAACAACAAAAGUUUAUGACUUGAUGCAACCAAGUUUAUGGAGUGCCUUAAGAAUAACAUCACACUUUUAUGUUACGCACUAUUGAACCAAAGAAACGCAAAAUGCUAGUCACUUUGCAAAAAGAUCUGUCAUAUUUUAUAUCACAUAGUUGCCACUUCAGUUGGAGAUCGGACUCUGGGGAGGAGAGGCAGCAUGUAAACCUCACAGUCUUAUUUCAAAGUAUGGUGGAGGUAAUGUUUGUCUCUUUUAAUGUUCUUAUAACUGCAGUUGUAAGCAUUUUAGUUAGAAUAUGUUAAAGAGUAAAAACAAGGCCAACAUGUGGAAAAGCUUUAUUAUGCUUUCAGUGAGGUAGUCAGUUUAUGGUAGUUAUGAUCAUUAAAGUCUUUUGCACUUUUGAUAAGAUAUUAUCUUGCUACCAUGUUACGUGCACAUUAAAACACAACAAAAAAACAUGGCACACAGACCACUUUCCUUGUUUUAUGUAUCUGCUUUUGUUGAAUUUUGCAAUGACACAUACAUAUUCAUCUUAUUUCUGUAUUUUUCAUUUUUUUUUUAUUGAAUCUUUAUUCAUUUUUGUUAUCACUGUUGCUCAAAGAGCCAGCAUUUAACCCCAAAGAAGCUGAAAUUAAAUGUGUUUGUGUAUUGCAGGAGUAUGCAUGCCAUGAUUUGCGUCAAUCAUUAUUGUGUUGCUGUAAAAACUGUUCUGUUCUUUUCAGUUUUCUAACAUGCAUGUGAAAAGUAAGUAGGUAAAAAAACAACUGUAUUUCAUAAUUUCAGCUUUGAUGCUGGUGAGUCAGAGUUGGCAAAAAUACAUUUUAAGAUAGAACAUUGAGGCGAUAAGAGUCUGAACUUACUGUCAAGACGCUAAUUGAUACGGUUAAAUCCUACAUGGUUCUUUUUAUUUGUGAAGUCUUAUUAAACAAAUCUCCAUGUUUA